AAAAAGGACAUUUUCAACUAUCAAACGUCCGCUUUGACUUUCAGAUACUUCAGCUGAGCUCUGGCACAGCACUCCAGUUAAAAAGAGAAAUGGGGGCGCUUCACUGGACGCCAGCCAGCCUUCUGUCCUAACCAGCUUCAAGAUGGACAGUACAGCAAAACAGUGGGCCAGAAAUACACCUCCUGUCCCCGCAGAGUCCCUCUGUCCCCCCAGCUCACAGGACGCCGAGUUUCCCGUGAGCGACCCGAGCGGCUCCACCAUCCAGAGACAGAGGAGGGAGCUGCAGCUGCUGAUGGCUGAGCUGAAGGACCGGGAGCGAGAGCUGAACGUCAUGGCCGCCUCCCAUCACAAGCAGCUGCACGCCUGGGAACAAGACCGCCAGCGGGUGCUCAGCCUGGAGCAGAGGUGCGCCCGUUUGGACGAUGAGCUGCAGAAGAGAAACGAGGUGAUCAGAGUCCUGACUAAACGUGUGUGGGCGGUGGAAACCCGGGAGGCGGAGGUCCAGAAGGAGCUCAGCGUAGCUCAACAGCAGCUCUGUGAGCUGGAAGAGAAACAUCAGAACAUCAGCCAAAAAUGUCAAGACUAUGAG